AUGGCUCUUCCCAUCACCAUCCCCUCUUCGCCUGUUGGCACCGGCUCCCCGCUGUCUGUUGACGGUUCCAACGGGCCCCAGACCCCCUCCUCUCCUUCCAACCCACCCACUCUUGCACUCCCCCCUCCCGCAGACGCUGCCUCUGCCAGCACAACCACAUCCAGCCCUUCCAACGGCGCAAACUCCAAGCGCAAGCCCAGCCGCCGUGCCAACACCGCAGAGCGCCGCGCCACGCACAACGCCGUCGAGAGACAGCGUCGGGAGACUCUGAACAGUCGUUUCUUGGAUCUCGCCGCCCUGCUCCCCAACCUCUCGCAGAUCCGGCGCCCCUCAAAGUCCUCGAUCGUCAACUCCUCGAUCGCCCACAUCCACGCCUCGCGCCGCCACCGCCUCAUGGCUGCCCGCGAGCUUCGCCUCAUCAAGUGCGAGGCCGACGCCCUCCGCCGUGAACUUAACGAAUGGCGCGACCGCUCUGGUCUUCCCCGCGUCGAGGAGCCUGUCCGUGGCGAGGGCUUCCAGAUGAUCCUCAGCGGUGAGGUUGAAGUCCUCAGCGCUGGCCCCAUCGAGGAGGAGGACGGAGCCGACUAUGGCGACGAUCAGUACGGCGAUGACGAUUACGCCGGCCCUGGUAUGAUGAGUUCCCAUGGCAAUGACGACGGCCCCGAGGACGUGCGCGCUCCUUUGGCUCACGCAGCUGCCGCCUCUCUCAUGAAGUCUGAGGUUAGCCCCUUCGCCCACGCUGUCCCAUCUGGCGGACUUCACCUCCAGACUAUGGUGCCACGCCAAGGUGGCCAUAGCAACGGCACACCGAUGAUCGUGCAAAGUCCUACCUCUGUGUCCUUUGAAAACCCCGCAAUGGUCUCCAUGUACGAGCCGCACCACCACCACGCGCACCCGCCGAUGGCGAACGCGCAGUUCCCCGGCCAGUUCUUCAGCGCGCACGGUGGCGCCAUGGCCGAGGACACCAAGAUGUGGCAUGGCCCCAUGUAUCAGGGCCCCGCGUUAUCUGCGGGCCAGCAGCAGUUCACGCCGCCCGGCACCGCACAGGGCAAUGCGGCGUACUACAUGGGCAUGCAGCAACGGCAGCAGAUGCUUGGACGCGGCGGGAUGGACGACGCGGCGCCGGCGGCGCAGCGGCGCGAGCGCAGUGGCAGCAUGGCGAGCAACGGGAGCGGCGGGGGUGCGGGCUACGAGAUGCCGCGGCGGAUGGGCGCGGGCGGCCACUUUGGCGACGGCAUGGGCAUGGGCGGGAUGGGGAUGAACGUGGGCAUGAUGAAGGGCGCGCCGAUCAGCGUGGGUGGCGGCGGGAACGGCCAUGGGUAUGCGUCGAUGAUGCUCUGA